AUAGGGAGGAAACCGGUCCUUCGGCCCACCGAGUCCAUGCCGACCAACGAUCCCCGUACACUAACACUAUCCUACACACACUCGGGACAAUUUAUAAUUUUUAAUGAAGCCAAUUAAUCUACAAACCUGGACGUCUUUGGAGUGUGGGAGGAAACUAGAGCACCCGUACAAAACCCACGCAGGUCACGGGGACAACGUACAAUCUCCGUACAGACAGCACCCGUAGUCAGGAUCAAACCCGGGUCUCUGGCCGCUGUGAGGCGGCAACUCUACCGCUGCGCCACCGCGCCACACUACCUUUUGUUUAGUUUAGAGUUUAGAGGCACAGCGUAGAAACGUGCCCACCGAGUCCACAGUGACCAGCGAUCCCUGCACACUAACACUAUCUCACACUUUUUCUCACAGACCUAGGUGUCAUGGUACACCAGUCAUUGAAAGUAGGAAUGCAGGUGCAGCAGGCAGUGAAGAAAGCAAAUGGUAUGUUAGCAUUCAUUGCAAAAGGAUUUGAGUAUAAGAGCAGGGAGGUUCUACUGCAGUUAUACAGGGUCUUGGUGAGACCACAACUGGAGUAUUGCGUACAGUUUUGGUCUCCUAAUCUGAGGAAAGACAUUCUUGCCAUAGAGGGAGUACAGAGAAGGUUCACCAGACUGAUUCCUGGGAUGUCAGGACUUUCAUAUGAAGAAAGACUGGAUAGACUCGGCUUGUAAACGCUAGAAUUUAGAAGAUUGAGGGGGGAUCUUAUAGAAACUUACAAAAUUCUGAAGAAGGGUUUCGGCCCGAAACGUCGCCUAUUUCCUUCGCUCCAUAGAUGCUGCUGCACCCGCUGAGUUUCUCCAGCAAUUUUGUAUACCCUCGAUCUUCCAGCAUCUGCAGUUCCUUCCUGAACAAAGGUCUGAAGGGGUUGGACAGGCUAGAUGCAGGAAGAUUAUUCCCGAUGUUGGGGAAGUUCAGAACUAGGGGGUCACAGUUUAAGGAUAAGAGGGAAAUCUUUUAGGACCGAGAUGAGAAAAUCAUUUUUUACACAGAGAGUGAUGAAUCUGUGGAAUUCUCUGCCACAGAAGGUAGUUGAGGCCAGUUCAUUGGCUAUAUUUAAGAGGGAGUUAGAUGUGGCCCUUGUGGCUAAAGGGAUCAGGGGGUAUGGAGAGAAGACAGGGAUGGGAUACUGAGUUGGAUGAUCAGCCAUGAUCAUAUCGAAUGGCGGUGCAGGCUCGAAGGGCCGAAUGGCCUACUCCUGCACCUAUUUUCUAUGUUUCUAUGUCUAUGUUUCUAUGGUGAGUCUGUGGAAUUCUCUGCAUCAGAGGGUGGUGGAGGCAGGUUCUCUGGAUGCUUUCAAGAGAGAGUUAGAUAGGGCUCUUAAAAAUAACGGUCAGGGGAUAUGGGGAGAAGGCAGGAACGGGGUACUGAUUGGGGAUGAUCAGCCAUGAUCACAUUGAAUGGCGGUGCUGGCUCGAAGAGCCAAAUGGCCUACUCCUGCACCUUUCUUCUAUUGUCUAUCCUACACACGCUAGGGACAGUUUACAAUUAUUCCGAAGCCAAUUGACCUACAAACCCGCACGUCUUUGAGAAAACUUGACCAAAUGUCAUUCAUUCAUUCAUUCAACCUUUCUUUUUCAUUUUGAAUUUGCCGUUUGAAAUUGUUUGCAGGUAUGAUCAUCUUAAAGAAGAUGAACGACUCAGGGUUUGACUUCCAGAACAUUCCGCCGGUGUCGUUGCGCUUGUCGGACGAGACCACCACGGCGAGAUUGUGCACAGGCCUCACGGAGGGGAUUGAGGACGAGUUUAAGAGCCUGGUGGAAGUGUUCCUGGUGGAGGUUUACUGCUGCAAGAUUUGUGCCUUCACCAGCAGCCUGAAGGUGAAGAUGAACUCCCACAUGGAAGGUCUUCACAGGCGCAAGGCCGGAGAUGGGGGUUCCAAGAUGGCGGGGGCGAAUGGAGGCGGCGAGGAAGGGGAUGUGUCGUACGUCCCUGAGCUGGAGAUGGAGUCCAAGGCAAACGUUGGGGAGGACAGCAUGGGGGACAACUUGGAGAGGAUGUCCUUCCUCCUUCCCAUGUACGGGAUGCUCCACAACAUCAGCCCCGUCUCCUGCGAGCUGGCAGCUCGGGGCGAUUGCCUGCACGCCCCAGAGCCGUCGUUCGAGGGAGAGACGGCGGAGGAGGCCGGGGACGAGGCCCAGUCCGAGCACCUCAUGUCGCUGGGCCUCUGCCGCAUCUCUGGCGGCGGCGGCGGCAGCAGGGUCGAGUCGACCGGUCCGGGGAACGCCGGUGGCGACCAUCGCAGGAAGCUCGGGAAGAAGAGACGGGGCGAGGCGGGGACCCGGAGCAGAGGCGGCCGCUACCUCUGCCGCUCGUGUGAGCUGGAGCUGGGGUCCAAGACCACCUACAACCUCCACAUGGACUGCCACGACGAGGCGGGGUCCUUCAGGUGCGUCCACUGCCCCUGGCUGGCCUCGGAGUGGCUGGCGAUGCAGAGGCACCUGGAUACCCACGGUGCCCAGAGAUGGCCAUACCGCUGCCCUACCUGCAGCAAAGUAUUCACCAGGCACAGCUCCUGGAAGUCGCACCAGCUCACCCACACGCACCAGGCCGCCCCUUACCACUGCCCAAAGUGCCCGGCCUUCUACCCCUCAGAGCUGCUGAGAGAUUCACAUGCUGCCUGCCAUGCUGAGGGAGCUUUCAAGUGCACACAGUGCGACUUCACAGAUGAAUCAUGGAGUGUAGUUGACGCUCAUCUCUGCAGCCAUGACAGCAGUUUGAAGACACACAUGUGCCUGGAGUCUGGUCAGAGCUUCCUCAGAGGGGCUGCACUGAAGGACCAGGAGUCAGAGCACAAAGACAGUCUGCUCUUUCCCUGCCAUUUCUGCGGACAGGCCUACAAGAGUAGACGGCAGAGGAAUAAGCACCAUCGCCAAGUCCAUCGGAAGGUUCCGGAACGGAGGAGAGUGAAGGAAAACAACCCGGCCAGUGGAAGGCGCGAGGAGAAAGGGCCUCGUGCGAAGGAAAGGAAAGUAGGCAAAGGAUUUUCCUGCAGCAUUUGCACCAGGCGAUGCUCCUCGAAGCUGGCCCUCCAACGACACAUGGGCACGCACACGGGCAUCAAACCAUUUCACUGCCAGCACUGCGAUUACAAAACCAGACUCAAAGCAUCUCUGGUCCAGCACAUGAGAGUCCAUACAGCAUCCAGAAGAAGAGCCUGGACCUCCACGUGCGCCGGCAUCACACGGGCGAGAGAUUCGGCUGCGGCUCCUGCGACUACUCCUCCGCGGACAAGCAGCUGCUGCACAAGCACCUGCGCAAACACCAGUAGGAGCCGGGAGAGUCGGCGAGGAGCGACACGGCCGGCUCACGACAGCCGAGAGCUUCACAGCCGAGGCUGCAGUCACAUCUCCUGGCCUCCUGCAGUCCGUCUCAUCUCAUGCUGCCUGCCCCACUGAGUUACUCCAGCAUUUGGUGCCGAUACAUGAUUACAAUCGAGCUGUCCACAGUUUACUUUGUCCACAGGGUCUCGACCCGAAACGUCACCCAUUCAAUAGACAAUAGAUGCAGCAGUAGGCCAUUCGGCCCUUUCGAGCCAGCACCGCCAUUCAAUGUGAUCAUGGCUGAUCAUCCACAAUCAAUACCCCGUUCCUGCCUUCUCCCCACAUCCCCUGACUCCACUAUCUUUAACUCUAUCUAGCUCUCUCUUGAAAGUAGCCAGAGAACCUGCCUCCACCGCCCUCUGAUUGAACUUGAGAACUUAUGAACUAUACACACCGUCCACAGUUUAGUUUCGUGUAGUUUAUUAUCACGAGGUACCGAACAGUAAUGUUGCUGCCUUACGGCGCCAGAGACAGCACACUGCAAAGACGUAGAGGUUUGUAGGCUAAUUGGCUUCUGUAAAUUGUCCCCGGUCUGUGGUAUAGCAGGGAUUGAUGGCAGAAGGCAAAGAGUGGCAAUAAAGGGAGCCUUUUCAGAUUGGCUGCCGGUGACUAGCGGAGUUCCGCAGGGCUCGGUGCUGGGGCCACUUCUCUUCAUGUUGUAUAUUAAUGAUUUGGACGAGGGGAUCGAAGGCUUUGUGGCCGAGUUUGCGGAUGAUACGAAAACUGGUGGAGGGGCAGGUAGUGCAGAGAAAACAUGGACGCUGCAGAAGGACUUGGACAGUUUGGGAGAGUGGGCAGAGAAGUGGCAGAUGGAAUAUAAUGUAGCAAAGUGUGGAGUCGUGCAUUGUGGUAGUUGGAAAAAAGGCGUAGACUAUUUUCUAAAUGGGGAGAGAUUCCAGAAAUCGGAGGAGUAAAGGGACUUUGGAGUGCUGGUGCAGGAUUCCCAAAGUUAAUCUGCAAGUCUAAUUGGUCGUGAAGAAAGCAAACUCAAUGCUAGCAUUUAUUUCGAGAGGACUUGUAUACAAAAACGGGGAUGUAAUGCUGAGGCUCUAUAAGGCACUGGUCAUGCCGCAUUUGGCAUAUUGUGGGCAAUUUUGUGCACCGUAUCUUUAGGUUUUAGUUUAGUUUAGAGAUACAGCGCGAAAACAGGCCCUUCGGCCCACCUAGUCCGCGUCGACCAGCACAUUAACACAAGCUUACACACACUAAGGACAAGUUACACUUUUACCAAGUAUACGAGCCUAUUAACCUAUAAACCUGUAUAUCUUUGGAGUGUGGGAGGAAACUGAAGAUCUUGGAGAAAACCCACGUGGUCACGGGAAGAACGUACAAACUCCAUACAGACAGCACCCGUAGUCAGGAUCGAACCUAGAUCUCUGGCGCGGCAAGCGCUGUGAGGCAGCAACUCUACUGCUGCGCCACCGUGCCUCUGAGGAAGGAUGUGCCCGCUCUAGAGAGGGUCCAGAAGAGAUUUAAAAAUAUGAUCCCAGGAAUGAGUGGGUUAACCUAUGAUGAGCGUUUGUCAGCACUGGGCCUGCACUCGCUGGGGUUUAGAAGAAUGAAGGGGGGGACCUCAUUGAAACCUACAGAAUAGUGAAAGGCUUAAAUCGAGUGGAUGUGAAGAGGAUGUUUCCACUAAUGGGAGAGUCUGAGACUAGAGGUCACAGCCUCAGAAUUAAAGGAUUUUCUUUUAGGGAGGAGAUGAGGAUGAAUUUAUUUAGUCAGAGGGUGGUGAAUCUGUGGGAUUCUUUGCCACAGACGGCUGUGGAGGCCAAGUCAGUGGAUUUUUAAGACAAAGAUUCUGCUCCUGUCACGUAUGAUCUUAUGAUAGUGCUAAUGUGCGGGGUGAUCGCUGGUCGACGUGGACUCAGUGGACAGGGGGACUGAAGGCCUGGAUAGCUUGGAACAGUAAAGCUUUUCACUGCACUGUGGUAAAUAUGACAAUAAUAAAAUAAUCGUUGAGGUGUAA